AUCAGGCAUGAGCUGUAGUUUAUCACCUGCCACAAUAUAAUUUUGAAAUAUUAAGUUGAAUAUUUCAAAACAAACAAAAAAUAAGAUAGAAAAUCCAGGAGUAGUAUUAGUAAAUCUGAACAAACUAGAAAGCAAGGCAUAUUUAAGAGUAUAACACUACUACCAUAAUAAAACCCAGAAGAGAAGACCCCAUGAAAACCAGAUCAAAUAUCCAAUAGCCAUUAGGUUAAAGGAUCAUAUUCUUUCUCCAAUCAACAUUCACUACUCAAUACUUCCACCAUUUUUCUCCAUUUCUAGGUUUUGAUAUUCAGAUCUUGGUUAAUUAUUUGCAAUGCCGGUCCCUGGUGUCGUCGCUCCUCAAACCGAGAUCUCAUUUGCCUCAACUUUCGUCAGUAGCGCAAUUGCAGCUUCUUUCGCUGAGUUUUGUACGUUGCCAUUAGACACUGCUAAAGUGAGGCUUCAACUCCAACGCAAAGGAUCUACAAAUGAUGGAGCAGUUUCAGUCAAGUAUAGAGGCGUGUUGGGCACUAUUCUUACAAUUGCAAAGGAAGAAGGUUUACCUGCUCUUUGGAAGGGGAUAGUGCCAGGAUUGCAUCGUCAAUGUCUAUAUGGAGGCUUGAGAAUCGGCCUCUAUGAUCCUUUCAAGAUGUUCUUCAUUGGUACUUUUCUGUUUGGAGAUUUUCCUCUACUCCAAAAAAUCUUAGCUGCUCUCUUAACUGGCGCAAUUGCAAUAAUUGUGGCUAAUCCAACUGAUCUUGUUAAAGUUAGACUUCAGGCGGAAGGAAAAUUGCCACCUGGUGUGCCAAGGCGUUAUCUGGGAGCCAUGGAUGCUUAUGUUUCUAUAAUAAGACAGGAAGGACUCUUGGCUCUUUGGACAGGGGUUGGGCCCAAUAUUGCCAGGAAUGCAAUCAUAAAUGCUGCUGAACUAGCCAGUUAUGAUCAAGUGAAACUGACUAUAUUGGCGAUUCCAGGAUUCUCAGAUAAUGCACUUACUCACAUAAUGGCUGGUUUAGGUGCAGGGUUUUUUGCAGUUUGCAUUGGAUCUCCAGUGGAUGUGGUGAAAUCGAGAAUGAUGGGAGAUACAACCUAUAAAAGCACAAUUGACUGUUUCAUCAAGACAUUAAAGAAUGAGGGACCGAAUGCAUUUUAUAAAGGAUUUCUCCUUAAUUUUGGCAGAUUAGGAUCAUGGAACGUGGUCAUGUUUUUGACAUUGGAACAAGUCAAGAAGAUCUUGCAAGGGCAAGCCUAGGCUAGUACUAGUGUACAGCGUUCUAGUCCGUCAGCUUUGCAAAUCAUAAGCAGAGUCAUACCAUAGCUUUGGAUGUGCUGGCCCCUUGCUUUUUAUUGGAGAUUUACGUGUUCGAUCCUAUUUGCAUACAGCCAUACAUACAACUGUUCCUGAGAAGUUCGAAGAACAAGAUAAAAAGAAAAUCGAAUCCCCUGGAGGCUGGAGUAUAUAUUUAUUUUCUAUGUUAACAGAAGUCCCUUCAGCAAAUAUCCUUUGGAAAGUUGACAUUAUUAUUCUGCCUUGUAAAUUUGAAGCUUUUAGGUAGAAUGCACACUAUAUUCUUUAUUUUUGUCAUCCUUCAUAAUACCGUUGUACCAUAAAAAUCUUAGCUUUGGCAUCUCAUUUGUAUUGCAAAGAUUGGAACUCCAGAAAGACACCUGAGUUACUGUUAUAUCACACAUUUCUAAUGGAGAUCUAGGUAAAAA